AAAAGCCGUCAGUCAAAUCGGGGCAGUAGACGCACCCAUCGGGCUCAACACGUUGGGAGUCUUUAGGUUUCUAUGUAAAUGAAAUCCUUGGCGCUCGGCUUCCCGCUUUUCUUAUUUGAUUGAAGAAAAUAGAACCGUGAGUUUGGUUGGAUUAAAUUACCACCUUUGCCAUGGAAAGGAGAACUUCUACACUGGCCCUGCUUUGUGUGGUGUGGUCAGCUGUUGCUGCCAUCAAGGUUGACAUCCCUAAGGAUCAGUACGAGUUCGCCAGAGGAGACAACAUCACACUGCCCUGCACAUUUCAAAGCGCUCUAAGCAGUCCAGCGCUGGCCGUUGUCACAUGGUCUGAUGAGGCCAAUGUGAUAAUCACCUACUAUCAUCCCAAUGGAGUCACAGACAUUAAACCAGAGUACCAGGGUCGGGUGUCUGUGGAUGCAAACGUUAAUGGUGGUACUGGGAAAGCUGACCUUAAGCUGUCCUCCAUCACAAUGGCAGACAACAAAAAAUAUGAGUGUCAAGUCCAGAUCCCAAGGGAUAAUGUAGGCAAAGAUGCUGACACAGCAGCAUUGACUGUUCUGGUGGCUCCAUCUAAACCCAUCUGCAAGAUUGAGGGUACAGCAUCGUACGGCCAAAACAUCAGCCUCAUCUGUUAUUCUGAGGAAGGGUCUCCUCCUCCAACUUACAAGUGGAACAGUUAUGAUGCGCAAAACAAUCCUCGUGUUCUUCCCCCCAAAACCACUGCUAAGGAAGGCACCCUGUCUCUGUACAACAUCACCAAAGAGACCUCCGGAUUCUACAUCUGCAUUUCAGAAAACAAGAUUCGCUCAGCUUCCUGCAACCUCACAGUCACAGUCUUGCCACCAACCAUGAUGAACAUCGGUUCAACAGCAGCAAUCAUUGGAGCAGCCAUCGUAGCUGUGAUCUUACUGAUCGUUAUUAUCUAUUGCUGUUGCUGCCGAAAGAAGAAUGACGACAAGGAGAAUUAUGCCAUGGCACCAGUUGCAGACGAAGAGUCUGUUCAAAAUGGAGAGAAGAGCAAACAUGAUGAUUCCAGUGUGAACAAAGCAGCUAAUCCACGUGAUGACUACGAGGAGAGGAGUGAACGCAACUACGACCGCCAAAGCGACUACGAUGACCGCCGAAGCGACUAUGACGACCGCCGAAGCGACUAUAAUGACCGCCGCAAAGACUACGAUGAUCGCCGAAGCGACUAUGACGACCGCCGAAGCGACUAUAAUGACCGCCGCAAAGACUAUGAUGACCGGCGCAGCGACUAUGAUGACCGGCGCAGCGACUAUAACGACCGUCGCAGUGACUACGAUGACCGUCGCAGCGACUACGAUGACCGUCGCAGCAAACCAGGUGACCGCAAUGAGCGCUAUGAUGAUGAGCGACGCUACAAUGAUCGCAGAGGCCCCCGCUCUGAUGACCGCGACAGACCUUAGAGAAGCUGGAUUGCAAUUACUAGGGGGUAACCCAGCUAAUGUGUUUUAAAUCACCCAUUUGUUUAACAGUUUUAUAUGUUUUUGUUUUUUUAACCCAAAUGCACAAAUUAUUCCCAACUGGAAUUUUUCCUGAGAUUUUAAAACAUGAUAUAGACUCUUUGGAUUGUUCAGUUAUCAAUUAUCGUACAAGAAGAGGAAAUGGACCAGAACAUCUUGUUGCAAAUUACAAAGUGUUGUCCAGUCUGUUUUGAAAUGUAGUUUUUAAAGAGGCAGUAUUAUGUAAAAUAAAUCUUUUUAGCUUUA